GGUCUACGUGGGCAACCUCAGCUACGAUGUCAAGGCGGACCACCUGCAAGGGACCUUGAUGGGCUGACGGAGAGAUGACAUGGUCGGACAGCUGGAAACGUCGUCUACUCGGAGAUUCUUUCACUGCCCAACGGCAUGUCGAAGGGAUGCGGCAUCGUUGAAUAUGGUAGCCCGGACGAAGCUCAGAGGGCCAUAAAGGAAUUGAGCGACACACCGCUCAUGGGCCGCCCCGUCUUCAUUCGUGAGGACCGAGAGAGUGAGGCCCGCUACGGCGCUCCUCCCAUCCCUUCGCGCGGCUUUGGCGCUCGAGGCGGUGGACCUCCUCGAGGUGGCUUCGCUGGUCCCCGUGGGGGCUACGGAGGCGGCUAUGGAGGCGGCUAUGGCGGCGGGUUUGGUGGCCCGCCGGCCGCCGGUGCUCCUGGCGCUCAGCUCUACAUUGGCAACCUGCCCUUCCAGGCCGGGUGGCAGGAGCUCAAGGACCUUUUCCGCACCGCUGGCAACAUUGUGCGUGCCGAUAUCAACAUGGGCCCCGAUGGUCGUCCAAAGGGUAGCGGCAUCGUCGUCUUUGCUACGCCCGACGACGCACAGAACGCCAUCCAGAUGUACAAUGGCUAUGACUGGAACGGUCGCAUCAUCGAGGUCAGGGAGGACCGCUUUGCCGGGCAGGGCUUCCCUGGCGGCUACGGCGGUGCGCCUGGCUUUGGCGGCUACGGGGGAGGCUAUGCCGGUGGAUUUGGAGGAUACGGUGGCUACGGCGGUGCUCCUCGAGGGGGCUACGGCGGCGGAUAUGGCGGCCCACGCGGUGGCUACGGUGGCCGCGGCGGUUUUGCCGGUGGUCGUGGCGGUUACGGCGGUGGCUACGCCGGUGCUGGUGGUUUCCAGGCCGCCCUUCCUCCUGCCGAGCCCAGCCAACAGAUCUUUGUCAAGAACCUGCCCUGGUCGACAUCGAACGAGGACCUGGUGGAGUUGUUCCAGACAACGGGCAAGGUCGAUGAGGCCGAGAUCCUCUACGAGCACGGGCGGUCCAAGGGUGUCGGAAUCGUGCAGUUUGCCACCGUCGCGGACGCCGAGACAGCCAUUGCCAAAUUCAGCAACUAUGUCUACGGCGGAAGGGCUCUGGACCUGGAGUUCAACCGUACCUGGCGUGACUUUGCCGGUCUGCGCGCCAGUGCCGGGGGCCAGGUCGACGUUGCCAUGUCUUAGUCCUGUCCCGCCUUUCCUCAUUCACCACCUUGUAAUUCUCUCUUGAUUCUACCAUUACGCUGCCCUUGUCAUUUUCCUCCUCUCAGCUUCUCUCAAAAGCCAUUGCGGAAGUGAUUUCUUGUCGGAUGCGA